GGGUUCUGUCAGGGCGGCCGCCGCGCCGGGGCUUGGAAUACUUGGCUGUUAACAUUCCGCCUGUGGUUUUGUUUUGUUCCGUCUUUAUAGACAGCGGCAUUACAUAACCGCGUACAGAGAGCAGCCGCGGGAUUACAUGAUGCAGAUUAGCGGCGGCGUCGAUUCAGCGGAUCGCCCUGCGUGUGUGUGAGGGGCGGCACGGCCGUGCGGCAUUCAGCAGGGAUUACACGUUUGCUGAGUUACUCCUUCACAGGCACAGUUCAGCAAAGUGCCGUUUAGAAGAAUAGCUUCUGCCCAAGAAUUAGAAUUGUUGGAAUAAUAUGCGAACAGAUCAUGAAGAACUCUGUGGCACCAGUUAUGGAUCUUUUUGUCUAAAUGGAGGCAUUUGCUAUAUGAUUCCUACUGUACCCAGUCCAUUCUGCAGGUGUAUUGAGAAUUACACAGGAGCACGCUGUGAAGAAGUUCUGUUGCCCAGCAUCAAGUCUCAAACCAAAGGUGACCUGUUUGCAGUUCUCUUGGCUUCACUUCUCCUUCUCGGAGUUCUUUUAAUUGGAACAUUCUACUUCCUUUGCAGGAAAGCCACCAUUGCAAGGACAGAUUCCUCAGAGUGUGGUGCCCACCUGGUUGAGACUACAAGCAGCAAUGGCUGCAACACUUCUGCUUUGUUUUUCAGAAAUAAUAACGGAGUAAAGCAUUAGAGUGGAAGAAUGGUGAGAAAAUGAUGUGCAGAGCAACCCUAACAGCUGCAGAGGUUGAUAUGGGUUAUGUGGCUCGGGCAAAGAGAAGCCAAGUGACAUGGUCUGUCUCUCCCCUGAUGACACAAAGAGAAUGGCUGGGUACUGAGAGGCAUAGAAGACAUGAAUUGAACAGUCCUACUUUCAUCUCAUUUCUAGUGCUGGAGGUUGUGACUAAGACAAAAACCAACAUGCAUUCAUACAGCAGCACAUCACCUAGCAGCUCACUACGUGGGAUCGACCAUGCUGUACUGAAGAAAAAGCUUGAGAACAUUUCUGGAAGUGAAAGGGAAGAAAAUGCAGAAUGCAGAUUUCUUAUCUCUGAAAUAAGGGAAAAAAAGGUGCCUAGAAACAAAGGUGGAAAGGAAGAUGUGAAUAAGAGUCAAUUCCUGGGGCGUCUACUGCAUGCUCUGGCAUCAGAAAAGAUAGCGUCUAUUUUACACACGCAUAGAUGCAAACACAGCAAGACAAAGAAGGAAAGACAAAGUGAUACGGUGUAUACAGUAAGAAGUCAAGGAGAAAAUAAUAAUAUAACAGCAAAUAGUAAACAGAGGAAAAUGUAUUACUUUCUGAGGACUCAUGUGAAAGAAGCUGGAGUACGAGCGAAAGCUCAGCAUCUGCAGGAAAACAUCCCAUCAACCAGAGAUCCUGAACCAGAAACGUUCCAGUUGUAUAAAGCAUAGCUUCCUCCUCAAAUUAACCAGCUUACAUGCUGGUUUUGGGACCCCAAACCCUUGCCAGUUACCCAGGAGGACACUGUUAAUACUGUUUAAAAGGCUAGGAAAGAACAAAGUGAUUUUUCAUCGCAUGCGGACACGCCACUGUUAGAUUCACAGUUCAGGAGAUGUGCAACAGUCCUGACAGCUGCAUCAGGAUCAGAGUUAGCUGAAAUACUCUGCACAGUCCCUGUGGAAUUGAGUCAGAGAAGACUGCUGUCAGGCAACCUCUGUGCAUUACUGAUCACGAGACAUUCAGACUAACAGUAACAUCCAGCACACUGUUUUCACCAAAGAAGAAAAGGCUUAUGGUCAUCUGAAAUGGAAACUGAGGGAGGAAAUCUUGAAGUUGUACUCUGUAAACGGUUAAAACCCUCUCAGCUUUCUAGACAGACAUGGAAUAAUUCUCCAGUAUUACCACUCACAUUUGCAUUAUCUGGGAAACAAUUUGUACAAAAAGUGAGAAUGAAUAAAUCAAAGGGGUGUUGAAAUGCAAACAACUCCAUCUAUGAAACAACGUUAUCUCUGAAUGAAAUCUUACUAGCGGUCAACACUGCUUCACAUCCAUUGCAACUGAGAACGUUUCAGCUUCUAAAAUUAAUUAUUUCCAUUCAUUAGCUUGGUGACUUUGCCUUUCAGGUUACAAGGAGAGGAGGAUAUAAAUUCAUUUUAAGCUGGUCAAACACCACAGGAAGCACAGGGUAGCCCACAUUACGUCUGAUUUAAUAAACUUGCACAAUGCUGUCAAGCAGUGCUUGUUUAAAAAUUAAGUAGUCCUGUGAGCAAGCAAGCUACAGAAAACACUGCUUCCAAUCAGAUACUGUUCUUGAGCCAGGGGACUGCAGAAAAGGGUUGUGUGUCUGCAAGGGAUGGGCAAGGAGGUCCCUUCUCUGCUUCACUCUGUUUUUGAGAAAUAUAACAUCUCCUAUCUUUGAAAUUACUCCUCCAUCACUUUAAAUGGGAUCACACUACUACAAAAACUGAGAGGAGCGCGGAUUAGUUUGGGUAGGACUUUCCCCUGUAGUAUGGCCACCUCCAAACACAGCAAUAUUGAUGAAGAUGUAUCUGCUGAGUUUGGAAAAAGCCUUAGAACUGAACUGUGUGAGAUUCUCUGGCAGGGUUGUUUAGGUAGCUGGGAUGCACACAUUCACUGUCUGAUCAUAUGGAAUAAUCGGAAGAAUCCCAACAAAAACCAUCUGCUUUUUCUUUUUUUUUUUCUCUCUCUAAGAAGGGCAAUGCAGGUUUUUCAUUACUGUAUGUAACAUUACCCAUCUGUGCUUAUCCAGAGUCUGGUUUGGGUGUUUUGUUUAUUUGUUGCCCUUUUUAACCUGUUCAGUGUAAUCUGUGCUCUGACACCAGCACUUUAGCAAAGUACCAAAUGCACACUCUCUCAAGUACUUACAGGCUGCAGCUCUGUUCUGUUUGGUACUCCAAAAAGGCUUUCACCAAUAAUGACUCCUAUAGCUAGCCAAGGCUGUGUGAAAGAAGCUUGCAGAUGUAAAACCUGCAAUAAUACCAAGACACUGCUGUUUUCAUUCCCCAAACGAACACUAAAACCAGUUUCUAAUGCUAAAUUCACCUCUAUUUCAUAUAAAUGUUUUCAGUGUAAUUAGAAGAGAAUGCUUUUAACUUACCUAUUUCUGUACAGGCUUCCUCUGGGCUAUAUAGAUGUAGCUGACCAUCCACUGGCACUUUAUUAGCGGGGCUCUGUAAUAUGAGCUUAUGCUGUAGCUCCUAUUCUUUUCUCCAUCACUGCAUUCCCUGCUGUCUCAAACUACUUAUAGUCCUUUCUGCCAGCUCUGGAGUUCCUGUUUUGAGGGAAUUUGUGUUCACUCUCACUUGUCACACUGACAACAAAGAUGAGCUUAAUUUAAAAAAGCUGUUGCUAACUCGUGGAGCUGUGAAAAGUUACCCUGAAAAGGUGACAUUAAUCACUCUGAAACAUCUAUGUGCUACCUGCUGAUCUCAGUGAUGCUCUAGCUGUGAAAUGUAACAGUGAACAUUUAUACAUUGGUUUUUUAAACAUAAAUCCUACAGAUUUGGGAAUAAAAUUUUUGCUCUUAAACUAUCAAAGGACUUCAA